AAAAGCCCAGUUGGAAUUGUCGUUCCCAGGGAAACGCCAACAACAGCUGAUUACAGCAAUUACUUUGUUUUGGAAAACUCGGAAAAUUGCAACUCUCUUUGAGUUAACAUGGAAAAACCGACCACCAGCGCUGCUGCUGCCGCGGCACAGGAUCACAAUCUCCUCCUGGACUCCCCACAACAUGGACCAACUUUGUCGAGCGCAUCCAGUUUCGAGGCUCUGACCGGACACGACCCCAAUCUCAGUCGCCUGGCCACCAAAAUGUUCAACAAAACGGAGGAGUACAUCACCCACGAGCUAAACGCUCCACUAGAGGAUUACAAGCUGCUGGAGGAGAUGAACAAGGCCACGAUUGCCAAAUACAAGGAUAUGCGGCAGAUUGCAGAGAAUCUGAACACUUCAACAAGUGAACUGAGCCUUAAGUUCCAGCAGUUGGCUCCAAUGAUGCAGCAGAUCGAUGAGAUCUCCGAUACGGUGGACAAACUGGAGGCGGCGGCCUAUAAACUAGAUGCCUACAGCAUAGCCCUGGAAAAUCGGGUCAAGGUGGUGCUCCAAAGGAAAUCCGGUGGCAGCCAAGUGGCACAAUAAGACUACUCAUCUACAAAGGCUUUAUGGUACAUUUAUUACAAUAGAUUUUAUGUCAACCAAGUAAUAGUUUAAAUAUAAUCGCAAUUACGUUAAGAAA